GAUGGCAGCAGCGGCGAUUUGUUUUUGUUUUUUUUCCGAGUUUUUUUGUUGUCAACAUUACAAGAUGUGACGACGGGAUGCACCCAUCGAGGUUGUGAAAAAUGGCCCAGUCAGGUGGCGGCUCGUCCCGACGUGGGGCCCAGGCUCCACUGCCGGGCGCACAUCCUCAUCCACCUCCCCCCCACACACACGAUCCAGUGUCCUUACCAUACCACUGGCAUGACAAGCAGGAACUCAUCCAGAGGGAGCUGGAGGAGGCCCGAGCCCGUGCCACGCAGAUGGAGAAGACCAUGAGGUGGUGGUCAGACUGCACUGCCAACUGGAGAGAAAAAUGGAGCAAGGUAAGGAGUGAGCGCAACAAGGCACGGGAGGAGGUGAGGAUCCUCCGCGGGCGUCUCGAGGUCUCCCAGAGAGAGACUGGGGUCCUUAGACGGGAGAAGAACGACCUGGAAGCCCAAAUGGCCCUCAUAACCCAGACACACAUGAUGAGGUCGCGGAACAAAGACGACCUGGUGGAAAAGCCGACCGAUCUGAGAGAUCAGGUAGAUACGGAGGAUAUUAACAACCACAAAGGAGACUCACCCGAGAGAGAUGGCAGCACUCCCGCCCGUCCAAUCACCCAGACCGAAGCAGAGAAGCUGUCCAGCGACGAACUCCAGUUCAUCCGUGAUGCCAAGAACACCAACUUCAGCCUCCUAGAGGAAAUGUUUGGCUCUCGUGGAAGCCACCAUGAGGAGAAUGUAAAUGUGGAGGCAGGAAUUCCCCAGAGUGGUGUCGAGAAUGUGUCUGUGUAUGCCCACAAGGCCAGCGAGGCCUCACGCCUGAGUGAGAAGUGCCGUGCAGGACGAGAGGUCAAGGACCUCAUUUGUGAUGAGUACUUGAAAGAUAGUGCAGUGAAGGAGAUGCCCGAAAAUUGCCACCACCCACAGCGGGAGAAUGACGUGGAGGAGAAACUAAUCCACAAUCAGCAGCAAGAACAGGCAUUCAGAGACAGUGGAAUAUUGCCACCCACUGGGAGUGGUAACAGCAGUACACAGCCGUCCCCAUCCCACAGAAUAUCGACCAUGUCAGACCCUUUACCAGACACUUGCCACAUCAAUCCUAGAAUAUCGGCAGUGUCAGACCCCAUGAGUGAAGUGUGCGGCGGUAGCGAGUGUAGUGAGGGAGGCUACGAGGAGCCUAUCCGGCCCAGCGAUACCUGUGCCAAUGCCAACCCUGGUGCCAACAGGAGAGGCUGGAGGACAAGCAAUGGUGGAAGUGUGAUGGAAAGCAGCACUGGAGGCUCAGUCAUAGAUGACACUGGCAUCACUCCCGAGCAAGAAACCCUUGAACAGCAGCUGAAGAUGAUGAAGCUGCGGCUGGAAGAAGCCACGAAGACCAUUCAGGCAGAGAGAGAUGAAAAAUUGAUACUCCACCGUGAGGUUUCAAAAUGGCAGUCAGAGGCCAAUGAAUUACGCGCCCGCCUGGAGGACAUUCGAGCAUCUCGACAAGAGGCCGUCAAGGAAUAUGCAUCGUCAAGAGAAUGUGUCGAUCGUAGGCUAGCAGAUCUCAGAGCAGAACUGGAACGUCUGCAAGAAGAAAAUGCCAAAGAAUGGGGCCGAAGAGAGAGGCUUGAGAGCGAAAAAAUAGGCAUGGAACGGGACAACAAGAAGCUUAGAGCACAGGUCAGUGACUUAGAAGAGAGGUUAGACAAGAGAAACAAACUCGCAGCUUCAACGCCCGAUUCUGACGUUGCCCAGCUGAAGCAAGAGAUUGCAGAUAAAUAUAAGGAACUGUCGGAACUCAAGCAUGCACAUGCAAAGCUCAAGAAAGUCCUGGCCGACAAGUCAGUGGAACUCCAGCACACGACUCGACGUGCCGACCAGUACGAGAGUGAGGUGAAGCGCCUCAGAGGUCGGGUCGAAGAGCUGAAGAAGGAGCUGGCGGCUUCAGAGGAUGAGGUCGACGGUGCUACCAACAAUAUCAGGAAACUGCAACGAGGCAAUGACGAGCUCCAGGAAACCGUUGAGAACCUAGAGCUGCAGGUGGAGCAUCUGCAGUCCCGUCUGCGCUCCUCCCAGGCUGCUUCACUACCUCUUCGCACAGCCAACUUACUCCAGGAUUCGGAUGACGAUCAUGCACAGUUUUGAGAAAUGGAAGUGAUCUAGGCAUAGCUACCAUGAGAAACAAAAGGUACUCAUAGAUGGUAUAUAUAAAUGGUAUAUAUAGAUAUAUUCACAUAUAUAUUUAAAGGUUUAUAUAGCAGUUUUGUAAAUUAUUAAAAAAAAGAAUCUUCCUAAUCAUCAUUUGUUGAUAAUCGACAUGACACGACUCCAUGUAGAGUUGACCAGUGUAGAGAAUUUUGCUGGUUAUGACAGUACUACAAGUCAUGGGCACUUGCUAACCAUUCCCUGUAAAGCAAACAGAAAAGGGACUGAAGCCAGGUUGUGGCCAAGGAAUACGAAGAGUUAGGAUAUAAGGAGUAUCAAGUAUGCUUGCCUGACACAUGUAAAGUUACUUGUAAGUUACAAGUGCCUCUCAGACAUGUUAAACUAAUUCUCUACUCCGUCUAUGUUAGGUGCAUUAAGCAGUGUUUGAGUAGUGAUUCAUAACUAAUCAAAGACAGAACUAAAGAAACAGACAAGUACUCUUAUGGACUCAUAAAAAAUAAUACAUUUCACAAAAAACAGAUAUUUAUAUACAUUAGGUAAUUUACAUAUAAAAUUAUGAUCUGACUUCUCAGAUAACAUAGCAAAUUUAUGUACACUCAUACACAUACUGUAGAUAUGACACAGACAUACAAGAUCAUAUAUACAUACACAGAUGUAUAUUUUUUCUAUUUUUAGUCACACUCAUACAAAUAUUCAUGCAUACAUACUGUAUAUUUAGAUAUUCAGUGGCAAUAACAGAUGGAGGCAAAGAAUAUCAUUUAUGGUUAAAAACUGCAAACCAUGCAUAAUAUAAGAAUUCAUUUAGGUUCAUCACAGAGACAGUGGGAAGAGAUAAUAAUAACAUAAAGAUUCAUCAUGAGAGAAUACAACUUUGUGGUUUGUGAACACCACUGUCAUAUGUGAUAACCAGAACCUUAUGCUGAUGAACGCACUGCCAAGUUCGUCAAACACGCUCCUCAUUGGUAGCUCAAAUGUACGUGCAGUAAUAUUUACUGUGUAUUGGAGAAGUGUGUUGGAUGCCUGUAAGAACCCUUUUAGCCUUAUAACUGUGGUAUCUGACUGUCAGUUUCAGGCAGGAAAAUGUAGGAUGAAAGGAAAAGAAAUGGCAUAAGUUUCUCUUCUUUGGCAUUAUAUGAUGAUGGUGGUACAGUUGCCUCAAGAAGUUCCUGUGUACCCUUUGUGCUAAUUCCUCAUAAUAUGGCACCUUCUCAUUAGUAGCAUAACUUUAUGGCUAAAUGGGCAUUCAUUCUGCAUUGACAUUAGGUACAUAUUAUAUGACAGAUAUCAGAAUGGCAGGCAAUUAUGGUAAUAUGGGAAUGGUUAGAAUAUCACCAGGGGUAAAGAAACUUUUAAAGGCAGCUGUGCUUGGACUCGUUUGUUUUUUUCUUUCUUUCUUUAAUUCAUUCAUUCAUCUAUGUGUUGUUUAAUUGCAGUGAUAUUUAAGAAGGUGUUUACUGCCAGACUUCUCCAAAAUAUGCAAUCAUUUCUAUCUACUCUUCAUUUUUAAUUACAAGAAUUGAGACUGCCAGAUAAGUGUUACAUAUAUGUGUAUGUUAUGUAGAGAGUUAUGUUGAAUCUAAAGCAAACUGUGAAGGGUUAAGAUAAAGAGAAGAAUGUAAUUGUGUGUUCAUGUUUAAGUAUUUUCUUUUAUUGUACAGUUUCAUCAAGUUGGAGUUGAUGUUUAUUUAUAAAGAUUAGCUAGAGCUGCCGUGUGCUUUUAUGCAGGCAACGUGGCAGUGGAAUGUGCAUUUUGAAGGGAAAUACUUCUUUUAUCCAAUGCCAACAUUAUUAUCCCUCCAUUACUCCCCCAAGUGAUUAGUUUUAAGGCCAUUAAAUACUCAUUGUCACUUUCAAUGGAUUUCACUGUUUUGUUACUUUUGUUUUGUGUAAUCCAACCUGAGUAUCUUAUCCACUUUACGUUUUGAUUCUCAUUUGUUCUUGACUUUUUUCAAUGAACAUAAAGCAUCUUCUGCACAUGACUGAUAUUUAAAACCAAAUUUAAGUUUUGGUUUUUGGAAAGAUAUUCUAACUAGUUUUUGCUGUAUGAAUAAGCUUUGCUACUAAACAGUAUAUUUUUUUUGUUAAGAAUUAUACACAGAAUCUCUCUUUUCUAGUACUAGACAUAACUAGCACUCUCCCUAAUAUGAAAUUUCAUAGAAUUUGAAAAGAUAAAGUAAGGUAUUGCAUUAAUACAAACCCUCAUCCAAAGCAAUAGUAAUAGAAAUACUUGAUAGAAAUUAUUUUAGCAAAUUUUGCCAGCUGAUUAGAAAUUAGUUACAAUGCAAAAGCCAUCCAAACCAUUACCCGUGUUGAUUAGAUUUCAAAAGUCCCUCCCUGAAUUUUUGUAUAUUUAGAAAAUGGAAAUCAGUUUAUAUGAAACAAUUCAUCCUCAUGAUUGGUGAUUUCUUGUAAAUUUCCAGUGCUCAUUGAGGUCUUGAGGAGCUGAAACUAGUUCUAUAUAUAUAUUAAUACAAUAUAAUGUGUGAUUGAAGAAGAGUUCCAUGUGCUAGUGCAUUUAUAUGACAGGUAUUGUCAAAGUAUGCACAGAAGAUGAACUGAAAUUGAUUUUAUUAUAGGUCGCUGCAUCACAGUAGGAUUUAAGCCACAUUUUGUUUUGGUAAGUGAUGUUAUAUGUUAUGUGUUAUGUCAAGUACCACAAAGUUUGACAAAAAACAAUAACACAUGAUGGAAAGGAUAUGUAUGUAAGGCUGAAAGUAGACCUGUUUUAUAUAUAGGAGAACUAUGUUGUUGAUACAUUGUUUUUAGAUUCUAUAUGAAAAGUUAAUGGGUCUCUAUGAACUCGUAACUACUGUGCCAAUGUUUGCAUUAUUAUUGUUAUUUUUAUUCCAGUAGAUCACUUUAUUUUUCAUUGUUUGUGGUAUAUAAUACACAAUGUGCCAAGAAUGCUUUUGAGACAUUCAGUUUAUAAACAAGUAAAGAUGAUGGCAAUAAGAUUUAGCAAGACUUUUUUCUUUUUCUUUUUUUUUCCCGAAAAUUACUGUUGAAGUUGCUACUAGCUAAUCAGCAUUUCAUAUGAUGUAGCUUAUGGCUCUCUAUUACCAUCAAAAAGAAUUUAAAUUAUUUUCAUUAAUCAUGUGAAAAUAGGAGAAUCAAGGUAAAACAUGCAAUUAUAUGUUUUUCAGGCCUAGAGAAGCAUAUCCAUGGCAGGUUUGAAUGUAACAAGGGGAAAGGUUAAGAAACUGUUGACUUAAAAAUUAGGAUAGAGAUGUCCUUUUCUGUCCAUAUGGCAUUCCCAUGAUAAAUGGCGAUAUUAUUUUGAUGCCAACUCCAGAUUGAUUAUUAAAGAUUGUACAUGCACAAUACAAGUAUUAAUUAUUUUUAUAUGUAGUAUGAACUUUGAUGCAGUGAAGUGCACCACUUACAAGAUGGUCUGAACUUGAGCACACAAGAUAACAUGUAAUUGACAAAUGUGGUUAGGUGUCAUUUAUUUGUGUUAUUAUAAAUAUUAAUCAGUAUUUUAUUUUUUAUGUGGUUGAUUAAGGAAGUAAGUGUAGUUGACCUAUGGUGGAGUUCCACAAUCCACUGAAUGUACUAUUGUGUCUUUACUGCACCAUCCACUUUCAGGUAGCCUUCUCUUCUCCUUUGAAAUCCUCAAGAAUUGUUAUACCAUACAUGUGCUUCCCUCUUAUCUGUACAUACUCCCUUUUGAAAGAUAGUGCUAGUAAUGACAAUACUCAGGACAUAGUGGCUAUGAUCUUUUUACUUAAGGACUGAAUUCACUCACUCUUGACAGAGAGUCACUGGAGAAGCAGGUGACUUGUUGAAGGAGGAGAAAGAAAAGGCAAAAUAUGGGAAUGUAAUCUACACUGUAGAUGGGCUAAUCCAUUCCGAGAGUGUAAUUGGUGUACCCUAUUCCUGCCUAUGCCUUAGCAGCAUCUAAGAAUUCACUCCUACACUCUUGAUAACAGUGUUCCAUUAAAAAAUCUCAUCACCUGUCAUACCCUAACUGUUUAUUUUCUGUACAUUUUUUCCUUUAGCUGUUUCAUGCUAACAUUCAUGGACAAAUGUUGGUGAUAAGUGGUUUAAUUAAAUGCUUUAUAAGCAGUAUAAAAUGUUUGUUAUGACUGAUUGAAAUGUAUGUAGAUGGUAAAAUCCUUUUGCACAGGAAAUGUUAUUUCAUAUGCUAUGUAUCUGUAUUAACAUUUCUGUAUUUCUCUAAGGAGCUAUAAUUUUGUGCUGAUAGUUUUAUGCACAUUUGGGUUUCAUACUAUCAAAGCCAUAGUGAUAGUGUGCAUAAGACUGUAUUUUGUAGCAAAUGCUUGAAUUUUCAGUUUCUUGCACAUUGCACAGUUCAGAUAUUAGGCUUCAAAAGUUUAGGUGAAAUCAUUUUUUUUAAUAUAGGUGUUAAGUAUAGACUGUAAAUUAACAUUCAUUGUAUGGGGCUUUGCAUAAGAUAGGAAUAAGGUGUAGAUCACCUAACUGAAAGAAAACUGAA